GCUGCGGUGUCAGUCUAUCAUGAAUUUGAUCUGUAUCUCAAAUAUAUAUUCUACUGUUGCGAUCGCAUUGCCUAUCAUCAAGCCGUGCUUAUAUCAGCUUAGUACAUAACUCCUUGGUUGCAGGAUACUGUAUAUGUACCACUCGAAAUCAGAUCCCAGCAUAAACAUGGGUGGAGGUGAUCCAUAGAUCUGUGUAAAGUGACAGUUUAGAUGCGGGAUUCAAACAGUGCAUUUCGUGUCGUGACUUCGUAGUGCUGCAUUGAUCAUUCUUGCUCCAUUGAAAUGGCUCCAAAUUUUCGUGUAAUGGGUUACAUUUACACCGGGUUGUGUUGGGCUGCGUCUAUUUUAUUGAUCAUUAACACAAGCAACACUGUCAAACCAAGUGGUUACUACGGUGAGAAAACCAGCGUCGUCAGCAUUAUAAUACUUUUUGGAUCCCUGAUUUCCUUAAUAUUCAAUGCCUUACUCACGUUUGGAUUGUUAAUGCAUCGAGUGCAAUUCAUCAAGUAUCAUUUACGCUUUGUGUCUACUAUUUAUGCAUUGUGCAUCAUUGGACUGUUCAUUGGCUGCAUUUUGGGAGGAAUCGUAAUAGGGAAUAAUGGUGAAAUGGAUGUUAAUGGAAUUGGUGCUGCAGUGACCGUAAUGUCGUGGAUAGUCAUCAGUGCAAUAACCUUUGUGACUUUGGAAUAUGCGUUGAUCGCAUGGAUUCUCAAAGGUGUAAUGCGCGUUAUUUCGAAUAAACGGAUGACAGUCUCUGACAAUGCGAAUGAGAUGACUUGAAUCAAUUUUUGCAUACUGAAAAUACAUCACAGCAUAACAUUUUAACUUUAAGUUGAGAAUAAUCAAAUAAUUACCUUAGUUUAUUUUUAUUAAGAAAUACAAGAAAUU